GUGGGUUUCUUUACGAUCAUGGGGAGCGCGGUGUUCAACGUUCUCUUCGUCAUCGCGGUGUGCGCUAUCUUCAACUCUACAGAGGCGUUGGAGCUCACAUGGUGGCCGCUGGCGCGGGACUGCUCGUUUUACUUGGUCGCCCUGUGCACG